AUGUACACUGGUUACUAAGGUUAUAAUAACCAUUCUACAAAGAGUUUAAAUUACUCAAUUGCUUCUGCCGCAGGACGUUCAUUAUUAUCUGAACCACAUAUUGUUACUCUUUAAAAGGAGGUUGAUAAUUAUACUAGAAGAGUAGAACAUGAAAAAAGAAGGCUCUUCUCUUUAGAAGAAACCUAUAAUAUGGUGAAAAGAGAGCAUUAACAGAAGAAGGAAAAGAUUACUGAGUUAAAAUAAAAGCAAAAUAAUACUUCCACCAAAUUAAUAGAAGCUAAGAUCAAGAAUUUACGCGCAAGAAUUGAACAAGCAUAAGCAAAGUAUAAUGAAACUUAGGCAGAAAACUAAAAAUUAAAAGAACAAAUUAAUUCUUUACGUAAAGAAAGAGUUCUGCAUUUAGAUGUAUGCAGAAAAUUAGGGGAGGAAGUUGAAAAGGCUUCUAAGCUUACCCGUGAAAUUAUUGACCAAAAUGAAGAAAAAAUCAACAAAACAAAUAUAAUUUAAUCAGAAAUAAUAAUGCUUCGCAAUAAAAACGAAGAGGAAAAAAAGACAUACAUGAAGCAAUUUGAUAUUGUAUAAAAGAAGGCAGAAGAAGAAAAGCCUAAGCAUGAAAUUUUAAAGGCUAGUAAGAAAGAGAAUUUUGAAACUAUGGACACUUAAAAUUUAUUGAAACAUCGUUUGAAAAAGAUUAUUGCAAACAACAAAGAAAAAGUCAGAGUUAUUGAAUAGUAUUAAAAGAAUUUGAGAGUAAUUGAUGAAGCUUUCUAGUAGAUAAAGGAAGGAAGUGGAAUUACUGACAUUGAUGAAAUAACAAAUACUUUUAUUAAAAGUGAAGAACAAAACUAUUCGCUUUAUAAUUACGUUGAUAUUUUGAGUCAAGAUAUUGAUAACCUUGAAAGUAUUAAUCGUGAUUUAGAAAACAAAUGCAUAGAAUAAGAGAUUGAAAAUGAAUCGCGCAAAAGAGCCUUAAUGGGAACUCCUCACGAUGAAAAAAUAAAGAAAAAACUUAAUGGACUCUUACAAAAGAAAGAAGAAGAAAUUAACCAAGUUAGAAACAUAAUCAAAGACUUGAAGCCCCAUUUACAAAAUUCCUUAGUAGAAUUAGCAAAGACAUAAUUUAAAUAAGACCCAAAGAAACAAUUUGACUACGAGCUUGGAUUUGAUUUAACUGAAAACAAUUUGGAGUAAUAUCUUGCAGAUGUAGAGUAUUAUGCUAAUAUCCUCAUUGCAUAUAAAUCUAUGAAUAACGACAACAACGAUUUAUCAAAAAGCUUACUCAUUGAUUAAAUACCCCCUAAAGAUUUCAAAACUCAAACUUAAAAUCCUAAUCAGGACUAACAAAUUUAAAAUCUCGAAGACUAAGUUAACUUAGAUAACAAAGAGCUAUACAACCAUGACAAGUUUAAAGAUGCCGCGAUUGAAGCUAUUGAAAAAAAGAAAAAUAAAGUAAACCUCUCUAAUUAUUGA